CUAAUAACCAGACAGUCAUACCCUUGACUUCUCUCUCUCUCUCUCUCUCUCUCCCCAAAUCAACCAUGGAGGGAGCCAUAGAUCUACCGUCAGGCUUCAUCCCCAGCUCUCUUUCACAAUCAACCAUUCUUGGCAUCUAUGGCCUCUCCUCUCUCCUCAUCGUCUCUCUCCUUUGGCUUCUCUCUCUCCGUUUACCAAAACUAUCAACAACCGAUCGCCUCCUCAUGUGCUGGUUCAUUUUCACAGGCCUCACCCACAUAAUCUUCGAAGGCUACUUUGUUUUCUCACCACAAUUUUACAAAGACAAGACUGGUUUUUUCAUAGCAGAGGUUUGGAAAGAGUACUCCAAAGGUGAUUCAAGGUAUGCAUUGAGAGAAUCUAAUGUUGUUUCCAUUGAAAUAAUCACUGUUUCUUUGGUGGGUCCAGCUUGUCUUCUUGCUUUGUAUGCUAUUGCCACAAGAAAGUCAUACAGCUACAUACUUCAAUUGGUGAUUUCAAUGGCUCAUCUCUAUGGGCUUGUUGUGUAUUAUUUGACUUCUUACUUGGAUGGAGAUAAGUUUGCAGAGAGUUUGUAUUACUAUUAUGCUUACUUUGUCAUUGCGAAUGCUGCUUGGUUUGUCAUACCUUGUCUCAUAGUGGUUCGGUGUUGGAACAAGAUAUGUGGAGCUUGCAAGGCCCAACAACAAGGACAGAGUAAGAGCAAAGUUUACUGAUUUGGCGUAUAGAGUUUAGAGACUGGGUUGUUUGGAUUUGUUUUUGUACUUUGAGAUUGUUUUCUUCCUAUGUAUUUUAUUUUCUAGAGUGGAUGUGCUUGACUUGAUUAGUUUAAUCUACUUUGCUUGAGUGGAAUCAAAACUAAAACAAAAUAAAAUGAAUAACUCUUCUUUUUCCUCUGUUC